UUCAAAUUUGAAAUGUCCUCAACCAACCCUUCCAGAUUCCAGAAUUACAACUUUUUAUCAACAAAUAUUUUUAUUUAAAGCGAAAAGAUCCAAAAAACUUGAAGUUUUUGAAUCCUGAACGUCUAUUUUGGAGAAGUUUUCGAUAGCCUUCUGUUACUGUGAUUUAUUUGAAAUUUUGUACGACCUAUCUUUUUGAUAGAGCAUAAUUAAAGGAAUUUGAUUCUAUACAAUAUAAACAAAGCUCUCAACUCUUUGUGCAUCCAAGAUACCUUGUGGCCGAAGGACUUUGAAGAAUUUGAUUUACGACAAUUAUUUACAGCAUCGUCUUUUCAGGGUCUGUACAGUCUUUAUAUAAAAACGGAAACAAUCCGGUUUGAUUAGCUUGGUCUGCGUCUUUGUUUACUUAUCCUAUAGAUUGAAGUAAAAAUGACAGAAACAACACCAAAAGCAGGUAUUUUUAACCAUCCUUGUCAGUUCAUUUCUUACCUCCCUAAAAGAGAGUUACUCGUAUGUUGUUCUGGUCCCUAUUUAUUGGGCUUUUCUUUGACUACUGGAGAAAAAACCUUUGAGUUUUGCUACCAAGAUGACUUACAGCAUAAAAAUAAAGAGGCAGCAGCUUACGGACAAGCAUUUCGCCAAGUUGCGUUUUCCAAAGAUGAAUCCCGUAUGGCUACCGUAAGCGAAGAUAAAUGCUUACGACUUUGGGAGAUCGAUGAGGCUGCUAAAGCUCGUUUGUGCUACGAAAAGACAAUUCCUAAACGCUGUGCAGAUAUGAAAUUUCACGAUUCUGGUGACCUUGUAUUUGGUGAUAAAUUCGGCGAUAUUUACCGUGUGAAUGAGCAGUGGUUCAAAAAUGCAUCCUCUGAAAACCAAGAAAAUACAGCUUCAGAAAAUAAAGAAGAAAAAAAGGAAUCUAAAGAAGACUGGAAAUUAGAACCUAUUAUGGGACAUGUUUCGAUUUUAACUCAGCUUUGUCUUACAAAUGACCCACGUAAGCCUGAUCAAGAAAUUAUCGUUAGCUCUGAUAGAGAUGAGCAUAUUCGAAUUUCUCGGUUCCCUUCAGCUUAUGUAAUCGAGGGAUUUUGCAUGGGCCAUGAAGACUUUGUCUCUCGUAUCUCUUUAUACGAUAACUCUACCUUAAUAUCCGGCGGAGGAGACAACCAUGUCUUUUUAUGGGAUCUGAAAACCUGCCAAUGCUUAGACGCUUUUGACGUCCGCUCAGCAUUCGCCAACUAUUUAUCUGCUGACAAGCCAAUGGUGAUUUCUUCCAUUAUUCCUAUUCCUUCCAGAAAUUUAAUAGCUUUUGCAUGUGAGGGUAUCGCUGGUCUAAUUUUCGCAAAAGUUUCUUCUGAAAAGCGUUUAGCUUAUCAUUCAGCUUUACCUCUUGCAGGACCCGUGCUUCAUGCCAUUUUCUUGCACAAAACAACGGACUAUAUCAUUGCUUCUUUAGACUCUAGUGUUACCUUCGGUCCUUGCUUCCAGACGAUCGGCUUCACAAAUGAAGGAUUUGUUCAGUGCGUAGAGAAUCCUACUUUAGAACGCAUUGAGAACGAAGGUUUAAUAAAGACAGACACAAAAUUCUGUCCUUUGGCACAGCUUCACACAAUGAGAAAAAAUCACUCAAAGUUUUUAAAAGCAGAGUCUUCCCAGCAGCCAAAAGAGUGAGUUUAAUAGUUUAUAGACAACGAGAAUCAUAUGGUUGGAUUGUUUUACGAAAUCACUAGUUUUCAUUAUAAUGUAGCAUAAACAUAGCAUAACUAGAAUGUUUGAAAACUUCUAUCUGUUAAAAGC